AUGUUACUUUUGUCUUUCAGGUUUCGUUUUUUGUGUACUAUGAACUCCCUGUCAGCCCAGCCUCCGGCUUCAAGCUCUGCAUGCAGGACCCUACCUGGAGAGGGUAAUCAGGUACAGCCAAAGGCCCCCCUCCUGCAGAUUCUGCGCGUGGCUGGAGCCCAGGAGGAUGUCUUCACGCUUAAAGAGGUGAUGCACUACUUGGGUCAGUACAUCAUGGGGAAGCAACUGUACGACAAACAGAGGCAACACAUUGUUCACUGCCAGGACGAUCCUUUGGGAGAACUUCUGGAAGUUGAGAGCUUCUCUGUAAAAAACCCAAGCCCAGUGUAUGAAAUGCUCAAGAAAUACCUGGUGGUACUUGUUUGUGCUGACGCAGCAGAGAAUCUUUCUGUGGGCCGUGAAUGUGUUGAGGGCGGAGUGGAGGAUCGUGGUCAGAUGUGUGGAGGUGUGGUCAAAGCAGGAGUGGUAGCUGGCAGUGAUGGGCCUCUCCUGCAGACACCCUCCCAGAGACGACCUCGGGAGCCAGACGACGAAUCUCUAGAAGGCUUGCCACGUUCAGCCUGCAAACGGCCCAAACUGGAUGUUACUCUGGAUGAGUGGGAUCUUUCUGGUCUGCCCUGGUGGUUCUUGGGUAAUCUCCGAAAUAACUACAGCCGUAGGAGCAACGGUUCCACUGACAUCCACACAAACCAACUGUCUCUUGCACAGGAGGAGGACACAGCUAUAGUAUCAGACACCACAGAUGACCUCUGGUUCCUGACUGAGGGCGAGAGUGAGCAGGUGAGCGUGGAGAUGAAAGAAGAAGCGCUGGAAGAGGGGAGCAGAGGAGAAAGGGAAGGUUCUCUUGAGGAUGACUAUGGAGGAGGGAAGGACGAGAAGACAGAUCGAGAGAUGCAGGAAGAGCCGGACGAAGAUUCUCAGUGUCUGAGUGAUGACACAGACACAGAGAUCUCCACACAGGAUGCAUGGCAGUGCACAGAGUGCAGGAAAUAUAACACCCCUCUCCAACGGUACUGCGUUCGCUGCUGGGCUCUUCGAAAGAACUGGUACAAAGAUGUCCCUCGACUAGCACAUUCCCUGUCUGUCCCUGACAUCCCAGCGAGCAGCUCUCUCACUGCCCAUGACGAAGAAGAUGACAGCGAUACAGGCAUUGAUGUCCCAGACUGCAGCAGGACAGUGUCUGAUCCAGUCAUCCUGCCUUCUCACUCAACAGCGAGCCGGCCACUGCCCCCUAUGCUCAUGGGUAAAGGCAAGGGCCCGCGGCCCUCUACUUUCAGCAGAGAAGAGCAGUUCUCAGAGGGAGAAAGUCAGGAAAAUCUGGGCAUGGAAGUUGAAGAUGUUCAUCCCGAGGCAUUGUUGGAGCCUUGUAAGCUCUGCCGAGUGCGACCACGCAACGGAAACAUCAUACACGGACGCACGGCUCACCUGCUGACAUGUUUUCCGUGUGCGAGGAGGCUGCAUAAGUUCCAGGCUCCUUGUCCAGGUUGUGGAAAAAUUAUUCAAAAAGUCAUUAAGAUCUUCAUCCUUUAAAAAUAACAAAUCGUCCCAUGUUCCGAGGACUUCAAACAAAAAAUAACAAUAGCCCAUAAAACAGUGAAAAUUAGAAAACUGCAUGCUCAGAGAUGCCUAACAUAAGACGUACACUUUAGAAAGCCUGUAAAUCCACAAACGCAUCCACAAAAUAUAGCACUUGGUGAAGGCCCUUCGGGGUCUCCAGGGUUAUCUCACCUCCUAGUCUUUUAAAUGUUGUUGAAUAAAACCUUAAGGGUUUGUCAGAACAAAUGUUAGCUGUGCUGCCACAAUUUAAAUAAGGGACAACGCUAUAGUAUUUAUUUAUUUAUUUAUUAAAAGCUCACAGAGGGUGUGAACUCAUAUUCAAUCUCAUGAAGGAUUGUUUUUUUUUUCUUUUUGUUUUUUAAAAAUAUUUUUUUAAUCUGUUUUUUUUUUAGGUCGUGUGAAUUUUCUGUUUGUUGGUGCAUUACAUUUCUGGUAAAGCAGCUUUGAAAAUCUCGUCUCUUCCUGGGGUUGUUCAGUAGUGUGGGUAUUUUCUUUUAAACUCGUUUUGUGCCUGCUUGCGUGUUUUGUUUCAGAGGUAAGAGUUGUGAAAACAAGACUGAAACAACACAUGGUGAAAAAGUCUUAAACCCUUUAUUUUCUGCAGCUAUAGAAUUCUAACAACCUGCUCCUAAAUUUUUUUUCUUGAAAAUGUAUUCUUCCGGUGUAAGUGAAUAUAUUGUAAAGAAUAUAAGUCCUGUAUUUCGUAAAUAGUAUUUCAGCAUUGAAUUGAAUUUACGGUGCUUAGGAACGUGCAACGCAAAAAACAAAACCUGUAUUAACCACAAUAAUCACAUCUGUGGUAAUUUGAUGUUUGUGUUCAAUAGUUACAAUUGCCAAACCUAUGAGGACGGCUAUGCCUGCAGUAUGUCUUAAUUAGUUAGUCCACCUUGAAAUGUCAUCAUUCAGUUUCCUUUUCAUCCCAAACUUGGGUUCAUGUUGUGCUUUUUGUAUGUUUGGUAUUUAAUUUAUUUAUGAUUCAGUUUUUAUUGUGUCUGCCCUCUGACGCAGAAAAACUGCACCUGUAUUCAGUCGCUAAUGGGACACAUACAGAAAUAUGGAAAGGAAAACUAGCUGAGCUACUAAGCGGACUGUACCUCAAAUGAAAGUGACAACAAAGUACUUAUGGGGAGUUUGAUUUAAGCGUGACACUGCCACAUUUUGACUUUAACCUUAAAGUUUUGUACAGAUUUGAUUUGAGUUGUUCUGCAUUGUCUGAUGAUUGUAUUGCCGUGCCACAUAGAAGCUGUUUGUUUUGAGUAAGCCCCUGUGCCAUCUGUCUAAUUCUCAAAUGAAUGAUUCACAACGAUGUAAGGCAUGAGACCCUUUGCGCCUCGAAGAGGGUGUGCGAUAGUUUUGUGAUCUGCAGUUUCCAUGCGCUUUAUCUUUUUGCCAGCAGGUGGAGAGGAUUUCCAUCUUGUCGCUGCUGCCUACAGAAACUUACAGUACCAGUAAUCGCUUGUAAUGCACAUUUAGAGCAUGCACAUCGUCAUUAGAGCCUGCCUAGAGCUGGUUUCAGAGUUUUAUUAUAUUAGCCAUAUAAAAGCACUAAAAGAUUAUCAGAGCUUGUAUUUAUAAGCAUCAGUGUGCAUUAUAAGAAGGAGACAAAUACCAGAAGCAGCCUGAUGUAAAUGGCAUUAUAUAUUGGUGAUGCUGGUUCAAGUUAACAGCUAUAAUUGUGAAAUUACUGAUAUAAAUAUAACAUGUUCAAAUAUGGUACCCAUUUUUUCUAUUUGUUACAGAUGGAAUAUAUGUGACUUUGUUAAGUAAUAAAGAUUCGGAAAUGA